AUGUGUCCUCCUGAGAUGAUUACGUCCACUGGAUCUGGACUCGCAGUAAUUUGCUUACUUUUCAAUAUUUUCAUACCCGGAUUUGGUACCAUGAUCAAUGCUUGUGCAGGAACUUAAUAUGUAGGAAAAGGAAUCUGCUAUGGAAUCCUGCAAUUCUUGUUAGCUCCCUUAUUGAUUGGAUGGAUAUGGUCUAUUAUUUAUGGCAUAAAAAUACUCCAAGCAUCAGGCAAUCGUCACGUUGUAGUCGAAUAGAGAUGA